GUUCAAUGUGACGUCACACACAAAGCCAUCUAUGGUAGUGCUUUCUCAUUUCAAACAGCCUAUAGUACUGAGCGGCGGCACACAACCAUCAUACAGAGCAAAAAAUGAAUGUGGAACAUGAAGUUACUCUGCUGGUUGAUGAGAUUCGUCGACUGGGCAGCAAAAAUGCAGAUGGGAAGAUCAGCGUCAAAUUUGGAGUCUUGUUUAAUGAUGACCAGUGCGCCAACCUCUUUGAAGCUCUGGUCGGGACACUGAAAGCAGCCAAGCGAAAGAAGGUCAUUGCAUUCGAAGGGGAGCUAUUACUGCAAGGAGUUCAUGAUCAUGUUGAUGUCAUAUUGCUGCAGGAUUGAAUUCGUCUUUUCUAAAGCCAAGUAAAAAGUCUUUUUUGAGAUGUCGCUGCUUCAGUGAGCAUUUUGAUAUGGAAAUAUACUUGAGAAUGUCACUUUUUUUGUAUACUGCAUUGGAAUAUUUUUAUACAGCCAUUUUUAUCUCGGGGGAUUGAUUUGCACAUGUUUUUGAAAGGUAGCAAUCUUCCCUGCUCAAACACCUCAUCUCAUUAAAAUAUAUAAUAACAGUUAUAAUCUGCAUGGGCAUGUUACUAAUUCUCUGGGACUUUGAAUGAAUUCAUCUCAAAUAUUGUUUUCAACAUAAUGGAAAUUAAUAUCUGCACUAGUUAUUGUCAACUUUAUAGAUAUGUCUGUGUUGAUUAUAGCCUACAUAAUGGCUGUCUUUCAACAGUAAUUGUGAAGCAGUUUAUUUGCAAUACAAUGACUUUGAAGGUAUUAAUUUGCCAAGUUAUUUGUACCAAUUGCUAAGAUCCAUAACAUCCCAGAAGGCUGGUAAAUAUGACUAGUAAUUUAACAUUCAUCUGCUAUCUGAUUUUCUGCUAUUGAAGUUAUAAAGAAAGAAUAAAUUUGCCAAAUCACCAGAGUUCCCGUAUGAAAUUCUGGAAUAUUAUCACAUUUUUAUGAAACAUUUGAGAAUCAUUAUUAAAAAAGCAUAGCCAAGAAACAUCAUCUAUUUAGACAUGUGCUUGAUUUUUAAAUGGUUGAGUCCCUAUAUUGUACCUUUAUGGAGAGAACAUUGCUAUCCAUGUUUGUUUUGUUUUUAAGUUUUCAUACAAAUGUUUUUCAGAACACCCAAAUGUGUAGUUUGUGCCAUUUCAUAGAAGCUCAGGAAGAUCUUUUAACAAAAGAGCAGUAAUAGAAAAGACUUCAGCAAAGAAUAAAUAGAGGGGAGUGUUUAGACAUUAAAGUAAUUCGUUUCUGCAAUCUAAUUAUUUUUUAGUCAAAAGUAAAAGUACUUUACAUAUUAAAUCAUUGUAAUCAGAUUACAGUUACUAAUUUUCAAUCAAGUAAAAACAUUUUUGUACAUUAGCAUUACACAUAUUUCUAUGUAGAAUGCAUUUAAAAUUGUUAAUUUGAAUGUAUGUUUGUGUUUCUGUGAUGGCUGAAGGGACAGGGAUAAUGAAAAAGGAGAAUGAAAAAUAUAGAAAUGAGCAGAGAAAGCAAACACUUUUUUUUUUUUUAAUUUUAAAUUUUUUUUUUUUAAUGAAAAUUGUUUUAGAAAGUAACUUAAAAGUAAUGUGAUUUCUUUCCAUGAAGUAAUCUGAUUAUAAUGUUCUGCUGAACAAAAAUGGGGUUCCCCAAUCGGGGGGCAUUUUCAAAACAGGUUGGAUGUUUUUUUAACCAUCAAAUCAAAAUAGGGAACCUCUAUUUGCUCAUUUUCAGGUGAUUAGAGAUAGGUUACAUACACAACACAUUUUACUCACGUAUACAACAUUUUCUUUGUGAAUACAUAGCCUAAACAACAUUUAUAUGACAGACCAUGAUUAUUGUAGUCUAUCCUUGAAUUGUUGGUUAAACUACUAAAGUCAGCAGAAGGCUAAAUAUUAUUGCAAUUUUGCAAUUAUGGGUGAGCUCAGAUGUCAUUGAGGAGAAAAAAGGUUUUGGUAACCACCCACUCUAUUUUAGCAAAUCAAGUAAAGCGGCCCAUGCUGGUUUGAAAACGCCCACUGAUUGGGAAACCCCCCUUUUUUUCCCCCGCAAAGACUUAUACUUCAGGUAAUUUGUUUUGGAUUACUAUUUUGGAGUAACUUAUUUAACACUGGUCAUGACAGAGUGGAAAUAUACUGUAGUGUCAAAAAUAACUGGCUGUAGAAUAAGCUUAGUAAAAAAAAAAAAAAAAGAUAUAUAUAUAUAUAUAUAUAUAUAUAUAUAUAUAUAUAUAUAUAUUUAUCCUUGAAUGAUCUGCUGCAUAUACAUUUUAACCGAUUGAAUUUUUUAAUUUACAAUUUUUAAUUUUUAUAUGUUUAUUUGGCUUUCUAUGUGUUGCUAUUUUUUAUGUUGCUUUAUUUUUUGUUUUGUUUUGUGAUGGUGCAUUCAUCUGUUUUAGAAAUGGCUGGAGGCAGUUUAUUUAAAAGUGCAAUAAAGUACAUGAACUGGA